CUAUGCACAGUGCGCAUGCUUAGCCAGUUUGCUUCCAGAACUUUCCUCCACUCGGAGUGCCCAACGCUCGCUCACUGUACGUGUGUCGCUGCUGGGGCUGCCUGCACUCAUCUGCUGAAGAACAGAAGCACUUUAGGGAGGAAGCAUCUCUGCCCCAUUCCUGGAAGCUGCUCUCCCUUGGGAUCCAUACCAUACCACCUGACUUACAACAGUUAUUUUUGGCAGAAGAGAAAAGUGAAGAUGGGACAUUUUGAAAUGGUCACCACGCUGCUGGCAGCCAUGACUCUAAUGGAUGCCUUCCAGGUGAAGGCGGAAGUGUUAGACAUGGCAGAGAACUCGUUUGACGAUGAGUACCUGAAGUGCAGCAGCAGGAUGGAAAUGAAGUACAUUCCGCCGCUGCUCAAGGAGGAAAGCGCCAGCCACAGGCUGCUGGCGACCGUGUGGGACAAUGCCGGGAUCAUGUGGGAAGCCCGGAAGGCUCAGAUCCCCGUCCCCCUGAACUUCAAGGAUCCCUAUGGAAUAGCCCUGAUGGCGUUCGUGACCGAGGCUCGAGAGCAAACUCCCUUUUACCACACGUUCAACAGAGCUGUGAAGAUGGCUGGCCAGUCCCGGAAAAGCUACAUCUAUGACUUUCCCUUCAAAGCUUUUCAUUUUUACCUGACGAGAGCCCUGCACCUGCUGAGAAGACCUUGCGAGGACAGCUACAAAGAUGUGGUGUACCUCACAAGCCCAGGCAUUUCCUUCACUUUCGGAGAGAAAAACCAAGCCCGGCUGGGCAACUUCACGCUGGCAUAUUCAGCUAAACCCCCCAUAGCUAACAGCCAACCAGUGCUAACCAUCCACACCUGCUUUGGAGUUGCUGUGGAAAAGUUUUUUGGUAAAGAAAGUGAGAGAGCUGUUUUAAUACCUCUGAGUGAGGUUUUUCAAGUGUCGCAGGAAGGAACUGGCAAGGACCUUACUCUACAUAGCAUAAACAAGACCUGCAGCUACUACGACUGCGCAUUCCUUGGGGGUCUAAAAACUGAAAAUUGCAUUGCAAACCCAGAAUAUAUUGAACCAGUGUAUGUCUACAACCCUGAUCUGGAAAGUCAGAAGCUUGAAGACUCUGUGCCUGGAAUCAAACCCUGGGCUCCCUGCAAGCUAGGUAGGAAAAGACUGGAUUCCACAGGAGUACCAGGAAUUCAAGUGCUACAACCAGAUGAAAAUCCUUCCUGGCAGGAUGAAAACCCUGAAGACAAAAGCCAAGGAAAUGCUGUCAAUCCUACCCUGGGCCCAGCUCCAGCUCCAGCUCCAGUUCCAGGUCCCAAAAUCCAUCCUUCCGCAUCCUCCGGCAGAAUGCUCCUUCCAUCAGUCACAGCAUCCAUUGUGUUAACGGUCACUUCUGCCAUAAGCAUCUCCACUGCUCUAUAGUUUGAAACGGCAUCCUAAGGUUCAUUUGAAAGACACUAUGGGUUACCACAAGAAGUCAAGAGAAAGGUCUUUCUCACUUGCACAGACUCACUGUAUAAAAUAAGAAGUGUAUAUUUGUUCCCUGUUUCACAAUUUAAAAAGCUGGUCCAGAUAUUGUCAUAGAAUUAACUUUUCAUUUGUUUAAUUUUAGGAUUGCAAAAAUCGCAAAGCUGUAUACUUUUGAUUGGAUUCAAUAAAACUUUUAAGUUUA